GCGGAGCUACAAUUGGCCCCGCCCCUCUUCCGUCUGAGAAGCCGCUUCUUCUCUGGAUUGACAGGGCGACGACGUCACCGCAGGCCCCGCCCACAUUUUUGGGAAGGAUGCGAAAGAAGGAAGGAAGCAAGGCCUCGUGAGAGGAGGGAAGUAAUGAUACUCUGGACCCACUUCUGGCAUGAUGAGAAGGAAACCAGCAUCUAUUGCGUAUUGAGGAAUUUGGAAGCCAAAAGUGUAGUAAGGAAAGGAGUUUUAUAAGAUGAGGAAGUCCUCAAGUGCUGAUUUGGUUCAACUCGCUCACAAAUCAAAAAGAAAAAAAGGAGACUUAUAUUGCAGUUGAUCAUACAUAUCAUUGUUGACAUGGAGGAGAAACCCUAUGAGUGUCUGGAGUGCGGAAAGAGCUUCACUCACUGUGGAAAUCUAUAUAAACAUCAUAGAAUUCACACUGGGGAGAAACCCUAUACAUGUCUGGAGUGUGGAAAGAGCUUCACUCAGAGUUCAAAUCUACGUUCACAUCAAAGGACUCACACUAAAGAGAAACCCUAUAAAUGUCUGGAGUGUGGAAUGAGCUUCACUCGCAGUGGUAGUCUACGUUCACAUCAAAAAAACCACACUGGGGAGAAACCCUAUACAUGUCUGGCGUGUGGAAAGAGCUUCAGUGGGAGUGGAAAGUUACAUAGGCAUCAUAGAAUUCAUACUCAGGAGAAACCCUAUAACUGCCUGGAGUGUGGAAAGAAAUUCAGCGAGAGUGCACAUCUACAUCUACAUUAUAGAACCCACACUGGGGAGAAACCCUUUUCAUGCCCUGAGUGUGGAAAGAGCUUCAGUGACCGUGGAAGUCUACAUAGACAUCAUAGAAUCCACACUGCGGAGAAACCUUAUAUGUGCCAGGAGUGUGGAAAGAGUUUCAGUGGGAGUGGAAAUCUACAUAGACAUCAUAGAAUUCACACUGGGGAGAAACCCUAUACAUGCCUGGAGUGUGGAAAGAGCUUCACUCACCGUGGAAAUCUGCAUCUACAUUACAGAACCCACACUGGGGAGAAACCCUUUUCAUGCCUUGAGUGUGGAAAGGGCUUCAGUGACCAUGGAGGUCUACAUAGACAUCAUAGAACCCAUACUGGGGAAAAACCCUAUACAUGCCUGGAAUGUGGAAUGAGUUUCACUCACAGUGGAGGUCUACACAGACAUCAUAGAACCCACACUGGGGAGAAACCCUUUUCAUGCCUGGAGUGUGGGAAGAGCUUUGCUGACAGUGGGAAUCUAUAUCAACAUCAUAGAAUCCACACUGGGGAGAAACCCUAUAAAUGCCUGGAGUGUGGAAUGAACUUCACUAACAAUGGAAGCCUACGUAAACAUCAUAGGUCCCACAGUGGAGAGAAAUCCUAUAAAUGUCUGGAGUGUGGAAAGAGCUUCACUCACUAUGGAAAUCUAUAUCAACAUCAAAGAAUUCAUACUGGGGAGAAACCCUAUAAAUGCCUGGAGUGUGGAAAGAGCUUCACUGUGAGUGGAAGUCUACAGAGACAUCAUAGGAUUCACACUGGAGGAAAAGGUGGUAUUGACUCCAGAGAAACCCUCCAAGAUACAAAAAGGAAAUUCACAUAAAUAUUGAAACUCAGAACUUAAUAUUGCUGAGCUAUUUUAUCAUAUUGUGGUGGUGUUGCAGAAUAGCCAAGAUACAGGUCAUGGUUUCAGAUACAUGUGAUGCUGGAAGACAUUUUGUACAUUUACCAUGAGACCAAAGUUUUGGUUUUUAAGAAUGCUGGAUAAUCAAUCUCAUAAGAAGAUUACUACAAGGGUCACUCCAAAAGUCAUCCAGAACAUUUUUUUAAAAUCCCAUUUUUAUUCUACAUCUGUUCUAAGGGCACAGAAUAAUCCUUCGCACUUCUAUUCAAAUUUAAUUCAACCAGCUCCUGCAUACAAUGUUGUUGUAUCGCUCCUCCAAGAUGGCUUCUUCUUUUGGUGUCCAUCGGAAGGAACAUGCUGCAAUUGAGUUCCUGAUUUGUGAGAAUGAGACAGCGGACAGGUUAUCUACUGGAAAGGACAUGCCAAUUUUCAGGAUGCUCCAUGAAUUAUUCUAUGAUUCUAUGAAGCAGCAUACCACACACCGGACAAACAACUGACAAUGUGGAGCACGUGAGCGACUUCUGACAUGGGAAGGACUGUAUCUCAUGGAAGUUGGAAGGAAUGUUUUCGCUGAGAGACUCGCAAAGCUGAUCAGGUGAACUUUAAUUGUGUGGGGGAGGGUGAAAAUAUCCUUGGAACAGUAGUUUAUCAAGGCUUUAUCCCCUGUCCCACUCAAUCCUACCUUUAACGUCACCUUAGGAGAUAUUGGGACACUCAUCCAGGCACUUUAUUGAAUAACUUAGUUAUUACGCACUUUGCUUUGACCCCCCCCCCCCCCCCAUUUUAUUCCUUUGUCUCUUUGGUGGUGAAACUGAAAUUGUUUUUAAACUUUCUAUCUUGUUUUAUGUAUUUGUACAAUGGUGCUUGAAUUUGUUUUUGAUUUUAUACUGCUUUGUUAUUUUAUUGUUUUGCUUAUAUUUUAACUUGUUGAUACUUUGUCUUUUUCUUGGCUUGGCUCCAUGUUAGCUGCCGCGAGUCCCUUCAGGGAGAUGGUGGCGGGAUACAAAAAUAAAGUAUUAUUAUUAUAUUAUUGAAGGGAACAAAAAAAGUACCAGGUAGCGAGAGGACAAUAAUUUCAAGUAAACAACUAUGGGGAACAUCCCAUGAGCGAGCAAAAAGUCGAAAUUAUAAUACCAUAUAUGCUCGAGUAUAAGCCAACCCUAAUAUAAGCCAAGGCACCUAAUGUUAACACACAAAAAACUGGGAAAACAUUGAUUCCAGUAUAAGCCGAGGGUGGUAAAUUUCAGAAAUAAAGAUAGCAAUAAAAUUACAUUAAUUGAGGCAUCAGUAGGUUAAAUGUUUUUGAAUAUUUACAUAAAGCUCAAAUUUAAGAUAAGACUGUCCAACUCUGAUCAAAUAAUUAUUCUCAUCUUCUUCAAUGUAAAUGUGCUUAUGUAUCUUUUUAAUAAUAAUAAAGUAAAAUAAUACAUGUAAUAAUAAAUAGAGUAAAAUAAUAAAUGCAAUAAUAAUAAGAUCAGAGUGAAAUAAUAAAUGUAUUAUUAUUAUUAAUAAUAAUAAUAAUAAUAAUAAUAAUAAUAAUAAUAGAGAAAAAUAAUAAAUGUACCAUAUAUUAUCGAGUAUAAGCUGACCCAAAUAUAAGCCAACCAGUACCCUCACCCGAGUAUAAGCUGAGGGGGGCUUUUUCAGUCUUAAAAAAAAGGGUUGAAAAACUAGGCUUAUACUCGAGUAUAUACAGUACAUAAUUAAUAGAAAUGACCUGCAAAAUUAUCAGAAGGCAAUUUAUCAUUUUCUCCGACAGCCAAUUGGGUAAAACAGUGACAGAAGUCUUGGGCUUCCUGGCCAGGAGCAAGUGCCGGAUGAUCUCCAGGGACAAGGUUCUGGCGUGAGCCACUUCAUCUUGGGACUAGGACACUCUCAGACCUGAAAGGACAGCCUUCAAGUUGGGAAAGCUCUUCUCCAGGAUCCCCCAAAGUCGAUCUCAGUUGUACUUCUUGAAGUUGGGGAGGCGAUCCUUAGAGGUCAGAAAGGCCUGGUGGGCCAUCACAAACCUCAGAGUUUUAGAGUGUCAUGUCUAUGGAAAUCUUUGGGCAAAAUGUUACUGUCCACUUUGCUGGUGUGCAGGCACUCUAUCCAAGCGGCCAAAAUCUGCCUCUCUUGAGAAAGGGUCUUGGAAGCCUCAGAAAGCCUGACUUCCAAAUCGGCCACUUCUUCCUCCUCCAUGCUUUGGAAACUGGUGUCAUAUUGUUGUAUCAGAUAUUUUUAGUCACCAGCUUUUCUGGAUCUUUUUGCCCUUCUUGCCCAACAUCUUCCUCUUUCUCUUCGCUGCUUUCUGCAGAACUCUGCAGGGAAGAGAUGCCAGGCAGCUGCAUGGCCCUCUCCCUUGGCAGCUUAAAGGAAAGCCCUUCCAUCCUCUUCUUCAUCUCCGUGCUCUGAGGUGGGAUUGAUGGGGUCUGAGUGCCCUCUAGGAGCCCCUUUCUCUGUGUCUGCAGGGCCCUGCCUUUCCGUCUCCUGGGACUUUCCCCUUCUUUUUAAAAAAUUUGGGACCUUUCUUCUUCUGGGUCUUGCCUUGGUUUUAAAGGGGAGCGGUCACCAUCUUCACUCAAUGUCUCACCCUGCAAAGCAGUUCCCCUUUGCGUCUUGCGCUUCUCCUGCUGCCUGAGGUUUCCUGCCAAGUCUUCUCUUUGUCUUUUAAAAUGGUCCAAUAACAUACGAGGGACGUUCAUUAAAGAUUUUCCCUGACCCACUUCCUGUGGACGGAGACCAUUGAAACUUGGCACAGUGAUUCCUCCUUCUCUCCAUAGGUGCCACGUAGGGACACACACUUCUCCCAUCUUUUGAACCAACUGUCAGCUUGUAGAAGUGGACAGGUUGCGCCAAAAGCCAUGCUGUGGCUUCGGAAAUCAGAGCCUCAUCAUCUGAAAAAGGCUUGCCCUUCAAAAAUAACUUCAUUUUUGGAAAGAGGUGGAAGUCCGGUGGUGCGAGGUCAGUCAGGUGAAUAAGGAAGAUGCGGUAGAAUGUGAGAGCCACCAGAGCAUGCUUCCAUUUGGGCAGUGGUGCAUUGCCUUGCAGAAGGAUACCUUUGGUGAGCAUGCCACGUGUCUCUUGAUUUUGAUCCCCCCCCCCCCCCGCAAUUUCCGCAGCAGUGAAGCAUCGUCUGCCCCCAAUAAUCAUGUUGCCCUUUGCUAGGAAAUCCAUCCAUACUACUCUGUGCUGAUCCGAAAAUACUGUGAGGAGGACCUUGCCUGCCGAGAGUUGGGCACGUGCCUUCUUUGGAGGCAGUGAGUCGUGAUGCUUCUGUUGCAUCAACUGGACUCUAGUCUCAGGAUCAUAGUGACGAACCCAGCUUUCAUCUUGUGGGAUCCGUCUGUUGACAAAGUCUUCCUGGUUCCUAUGGCACAUCAUUGUUAACAGAGCCUGAGAGCAUUUGACUUGUUCCUGCUUCUGGAAAGGUGUGAGCAGCCAGGGAACCCAGCGAGCAGAUACCUUCUGCAUGUGAAGAUGGUCUUGGGUUAUUUUUUUCCAUGGACCCCACACUCCUCUUGACAUUUUGGGUUAGGUGGUGAAUGGUUGCGCAAGCAGUCUUCCAAAAUGGGGACCUCCACUUGCUAAAUAGUGUGUUCAUCAAUAGCAGAGUGGGAUCACCCUGGAAUUGGAGCUGUUUGCACCAAAGUCCGACCACAUUAGUGCCAGUUCUUGACUACGUCAUACAUUGGGAAGCCAUCACCACAAACCUCUUUCAUCUCAUCAAACAUGUCCUUUGGUGUGCGGCCGGCCUUUCAAGUCAAGGAACUUGAGGACUGCGCUGGAUUCCACUGGGUCCAUGAUCAAGCCUCACUCCACUUUCACAUCUGUACAUUCAAGACAAUUAAUCAGUUCUGAGUUGUAAUUUGGCAUGGAACCUAUAGAGACGUAUAUCAUGACACAUGUGCAGUUUCAGCCUCCUGUGAUAAAUAGAAGUGGGUCAAGGGAAAUCUUUAAUGAAUGCCCUUCAUACAUCUCCUUUCCCUAUAUCCCUCUAUGUCCCCUCUGGCUUCUGUAUUGAAAAAAAUUAAUACAUUUUCUAUUUUACAAAAAAGAGUUGCAAUAUUCCAAGGAUUGUUGGGCCUUCCUCGUUCAACUCUUGAAUACAUUCCUUAUUCUGGUCAAUGCCCAAUUCCACUUUGCUUCUGCUUUCUCUUAAUGUUGGAUCUUUUUGCAAAAAUUCUCUGAAACCUGUUGGUUCAGCGUAGGCAGUCUCAUGGUCAGAGAAAUCAAUGUUCUCGGGGAUUAAUUGUAGGGAUUCCUGUACUUUACUUACAUCCCAAUUAUAUGCUUUAUUUUCCUUGUUGUCAUUGAGAAAGUUUGCAAAAAUUCCUCUUCCUGGGCUUGAGUUUUCUCCCGUGAGGGAGAUAAGCGUUCCCAAAGUCUCUCUUCUUCCAAGCUUCUCUUGUUGCUAAAACCCACACUUCAACCUUUAUCCAUAAUGCUUGGAUCAGGUUUGCACUGAGUUUUCUGUGAGGAACAUCUCCUAUAAUGGCCUCUACUUCUGAGGAGCGUUUUCCAGGCUUGGGCCUGGGCCUGGAAAGACCCAAGAAGCCUUGGUUCCUGGCUCUGGAUUGAAAUUUGAGGAAAGUUUGGCCUUUGUGCUUAACUCUUCCAACGACCACCUUUUAUACAUGAGGCAGUUUUCCUUCUAGACUUGGUGGGAUUGUUGAGGCUCAGAUGCAGUAUCCCUUUUUAAAGAAGGCAAACCCAGUAGAAUCCCUAAGUCUCGGUUUUCCAAUGAAGGAACUAGGAGGCAGAGGAAAUAGAAAUAUACAGAUUUAUUUGCAACUAGAGCUGUGAGUGACCAUCCUGAUAUUGUGACUCAGCCACAGCAUAGCCAGAGUGAGGAUGAAGAAGGGGAUUCUGGGUUUCAGAUACAAGAGCCAGAUGAGCUGCAGGAUGAAUUUCAGGAGGAUGGCAUGGGAAUAAUACAGGCUGAUUCAGAGGCUCGAGAAAUGCAGCUUGAACAGAAUGAGCUGUUGACCCAGCCGACCCAGCCGGCCAUAGAUAACAGUCAGGAUGACAUUCCCAUGGGAAUUAAUGAGCAAGAGAUGUCUCAAGCCCCGGUGUCGGUUCAGGUGCGAGAUAACGAAGACCUUGAAGGGGCGCCGUCAUUAUCUAGGGAGGACUGUCUGUUAAGGAAGGGAGUUUAGCCUUGUAGGAAUGUAAGGUUGGUGGGAAUGAGAGAGGCCUCCUCAGGAAAAAGAAAUGCAUUUUUGGGUUGCUUUUAAAAGUGUGUGUUUUGAGAUAGAUCUUUGUCAAUGCAAAUUCUCGCUUCAUCUGUGUGGAUGUUCCUGCUUCAUGCUUAAGAAAAGAUUAUUUAUUGUUCCUGGAUUUUUGAAACCUUUGGGCCUUUGUUCUUUGGGAUCUAUCAUCUACUGUUUUGGCUUAUGGACUUGUGGAUUAUUAUGACUCAUGAACUAUUGGAUUUCUAUUGACCUUUUUACUGCCUGCUUUGAUUUAUAUCUGCUUUUGCUCAAUAAAACUACAAAAGAC